UGUUAUGAAGUGCACAUACGUGCUCAAAACCAGCUACUCCGUUAUUGAGUUUACUUGGAGUAAGAGAGAACCAAUCUCUUGCACAGCUCGCUCUGGUCCCCAGCAGACAAGCCAUGCUGAAUGCUGUUAGUUGAAGUAUUAGCUGGAGAUCCAUAUUCUAAUCCAUGUGGUGCUUGCCAUGUUUGUGUCAUAUUUCUGGUGAGGCCUCCCUGUGUUGUGAUCUUUAUUAGCCCAGAAGGUCACGAGAACCUCUUAUUAAUCCUUCCUGCACAUCACUUAUUUUCAGACAUUUUCAUGGGAGCAGCGUGUGAUGUGUAACACACUUUUGCAAUGGGACUUCCCCUGUCACACAUUCAACAGUGUAUCUAGACAAGGAGAGUCACAGGUCAGGGCUUCUAAGACAGCUCCAGCCACCCAGAAGAUCCCUCUGUGUAAGCGGUGUUUCUCUGUGUUAAAAGAUAUUUUACAUCUGACUGGUUCACAUGCAGCAUACUUUGAGCAGAAAGCCUUCUGUAGUGACGCAUGUGUUGGAGACUUCUGUUUCAGUGCAAACCCUCAUCAACAACAGAGGAAUGAAUGUGGAGAGGAGCCCUGGAAAGAAGCUAUGGACGGGGCCUCCUUUGUGAGCAGGUGCAGCUUCUCCUUAUCUUUGGUGCCUUCAGCCAGCAGGGAGGUUGGGGAAGACUUGCAGUACAACUCAGAGCUUCCCCAGCACCAGGCCACUCUCAACACUGAGGAGCUAGACUGUGGCAGUGAGAUUUCCCAGGAAUUUCUCAGUGGAAAAAGUCAUCACCAGUCGGGUGAAUGUGAAAAUGCUGCCAGCCACAACCUGAAAGUUGUUCAGUGUCAGGGUAUGUGUUCUGCAGAACUGAUUUGUGAGUGUAACAAAUGUAGGAAAGUGUUUAUACAAAACUUGAACAUCAUUCGACAUAAGAUAGUUCACACUGGAAAAAAGCCGUAUGAGUGUAAUGAAUGUGGGAAGUUCUUCAGAAAAAGACGUGCACUCAUUAAACACCAGAGAUUUCACACUGGCGAGAAGCCAUAUGAGUGCAGACAUUGUGGGAAGUUUUUUAGUUAUAAGUCUACCCUCAAACAACACAACAAAGUUCACAUAGGAGAAAGGCCAUAUAAGUGUAGAGAAUGUGGGGUAUCCUUUAGUCAAAGGCCUCACCUCAAUGUACACCUCAGAGUUCACAUUGGAGAGAAGCCAUAUGAGUUGUAGAGAAUGUGGGAUGUCCUUUCGUCUAAGGGCUCACCUCACUGUACACCUCAGAGUUCACACUGGAGAGAAUCCGUAUGCGUGUAGAGAAUGUGGGAUGUCCUUCUGUGAAAGGGAUCACCUCAUUGAACACCAGACUGUUCACACUGGAGAGAAGCCAUAUAAGUGUAGAGAAUGUGGGAUGUCCUUUCGUCGAAGGGCUCACCUCACUGAUCACCUCAGAAUUCACAAUGGAGGGAAGCCGUAUGAGUGUACUGAAUGUGGAAAGUCUUUUACCCAAAAAAAUAGUCUUAGUAAACAUCUGAGAGUUCACACUGGAGAGAAGUUUUAAGUGUGCGGGGAAUGUUUAAUUUGAUUCACUUAGAAUAACAACACUGAUGGCGACUCUUUGGGACCUAUUUUCCUGAAUUUAAACCCCUUUUUAAUGGAACAUACACUCUGCUAGAUUCCUCCUAAGUUUCUGGUACAAGUGAGGCUUGAAGGAGGUGCAUUGCACUUGGUAAGAUGCCCAGAACUAAUACCUGAUUGAUUUGUGGCUGAAGAGAUUUCACCUCUACCACCUAGCUCACCUGAAGACUGUGUAUCAGUCCCAACCCCUGUGGCAUCAGGGGACAUGUAUUCUGUGUUCUCACUUGUGCUUGAGAACAUUAUGAUA